AUGGGAUACGAAACUAUAAGUCUCACGUUGUUUCCUACAUCAGAUUAUUUUUUCUCGGAAGAGAAAAUAAAUUUGCAGUUGCAGGCAGAGAUGGUCAGAGAAUUGGUAACCUUUCCAAAUAUAAUGAAUGACAAUAAGGAAAAUAUUCCCCCAGGAUGUCCAGAUGAGAUCAAACAGGGAAUUUAUUUCGAAGAGAACAAAUCAUCCUCACCAUCAGACGAACUGAAAAAUAUGAUUACAUGCAAGAAAUUUUCGCAUCAUGAGAUGACAGUCAUACCUAUCGCAUAUUUACAAAUUUAUUAUGAGGAGUCAUCCCGUAUUAGUGAACUUAUCCAUCCUAGAAACAUAUCAGUGAUGAGUAGUAGCAUUGAGGCUGUUGAAAAUCUGGACGAUGACGAAAUCGUUAAUGCCUUCGGCCUUCAGCCAAUUCCUUACAAACCACUAAGCGAAAUGAAACGAAGUGAGAUUUGUGCGCUGAUUGGUUUAUUUCCUCGUGAGAGCUGGAUGAUAGAGUCGUCGGUAUGUUGGAUGAGCAUGUAUGAUGAACCGGAUUUUCUAGUUGUUGUUCCAGGGAACGAUAACCGUCUGUUUCAAGCCCUGGCUCAUUAUAUUACCGGCGAUGACAAUGAUUUCCGUCAAGUCCGACAAGCUAUAAUUGAGUUUGAGUUAGAACAUUGGGCUCAAUUUAUACACCUGAAACAAUGGGAUAGAACUGCAUGGGAUUUCCACCUUAACAGUCUAUUUGCUAAUAGCGAAAACGGCUCUGACAUUGAACUUUUUGCAUUUGCAUCGAUGUUCAAAGUUGAUGUUUGGGUUUUUCACAAAGAACGAUGGUUUUGCUAUAGACCCAAGUUUCUGGUGGUAAAUGACGAAUACAGAAACUUGAGCAUUCAGCAAUAUCAUAUUGGUGAAAACGAUAGUAUCUAUCUGCAUUACGAGAACGGCCUCUUUUUUCCGGUGUUUAAACCUUCGGUAUACUUUGCUAUUAGGAUUCAAGAACUAAUAGUGAUAUUUUGA